AUGCGUAGGUUUGCUCAGGUGGUGGAUGACCUUGCCCUCAUUGACCUCCCAUUGCAGGGGGUUGUGUAUUCUUGGAGUGGGGGUAGGGGUAAUCAGACUUGGGCAAGGCUGGAUCGCUUCCUGGUGUCUCAGGGGUGGCUAGAUACCUUCAAGGGGGCUGUUCAGUGUAGGCUCCCUAGGCCUACCUCUGACCACUUCCCUAUUCUGUUGAAGGGGGGUGGGAUGAGCCAGGGUCCUUUCCCGUUCAGGUUUGAAAAUAUGUGGCUCAAGGUGGAAGGGUUUAAGGAGCUUCUUCGCGAAUGGUGGCAAGGAGGGGUAAGAGUAGGAAGGGCUAGUUUUAGAUUGGCUGCUAAAAUGAAGGAGAUGAAGGAGAAAAUUAAAGUGUGGAACAGGGAAGUUUUUGGUAGAGUGGAAGUGAAUAAAAGCUCAGCUCUUCGGCAAAUUGAGUUUUGGGACAGGGUGGAAAGCGGUAGGGACCUCUCAGAUAGGGAAAUGGACUUGAAAAAUGAAGUUAAAGAGAAUUUCAAGAAGUGGGUCCUAUUGGAGGAAACCCAUUGGAGGCAAGUGUCUAGAGAGCUGUGGCUUAGAGAAGGGGAUAAGAAUACUGGGUUUUUCCACAAGAUGGCUAGUGCCCACUGGAGAAAUAAUUUUUUGGACAGAAUUAAGAUAAAUGGGGUGGAAUUGGUGGAGGAGUAG